GUCAAAAUAUUCUGUGUCCUGUCUGUUUAUUUUAAUUUAUUUUUGUUGUGUCCACCAGCUUGUAACAAGGAUAUAGAAAUUGGUUUUGUGGCUUAGAAGUCAAGUACAAGCUCCAAAAUGCCUGGUCCAGCGCCUGCAGAGAAUGGAGCCCCCAGAACAGAACUGCAAGAAAUUCAAAUGAAAUCCCAACAAGUUACAGAUGAGUCUCUGGAAAGUACAAGACGGAUGCUUGCGCUAUGCGAAGAGAGUAAGGAGGCUGGAAUCCGUACCUUGGUCGCUUUAGAUGACCAGGGAGAACAAUUGGACCGAAUUGAGGAUGGCAUGGACCAAAUCAACACCGAUAUGCGAGAGGCCGAAAAGAACUUAACAGGAAUGGAAAAAUGUUGCGGGUUGUGCGUUUUGCCUUGUCAGAAGGGUUCGUCGUUCAAGGAAGAUGAAGGUACUUGGAAAGGAAAUGACGAUGGAAAGGUAGUAAACAAUCAACCUCAACGCAUGAUGGAUGAUCGUAAUGGCUUGGGUCCUCAAGGAGGUUACAUUGGCCGUAUUACCAAUGAUGCCCGCGAAGAUGAAAUGGAAGAGAAUGUUGGACAGGUUAACACUAUGAUCGGCAACUUGCGCAACAUGGCCAUUGACAUGGGCUCAGAACUGGAGAAUCAGAACAGGCAGCUAGAAAGGGUCAAUCUCAAGGGCGAUUCCAAUGCGGCAAGGAUAGAGGUGGCCAAUCAACGUGCUCAUGACCUUCUCAAGUAGACACUUAACACACUAACACCAUUGUUUAUUAAUUUGCGCCUCUAACUCGUUCCCACCAAGAAGUUAUUGAACUAAGUUGCUGCUUAUAUUCAAGCUUUUUAAUAUGACAAUAAUCUCCCGACGUGUCUAUUUGUGCUUAUCGUUUACGGUAGAUUGGAGUAAAGGCGGGUGAUGGCAUUAAGAGGUUUUGUGGGAACCAGGUAGAUGUAUUCUCGUUAAGAUCUAGGUUAAUUUUGGGGCACACUGGUUAUAUAUGCACACUAGUUAUAUAUCUGUUGGAUAGGGUGAAAGCAACGAAACACGAAUCGCGGUGGCAAACCAGCGUGCCAACAAACUUCUCAAGUCCUAAAGGGAGUGGAUUUACCACCAGUCACCUUUUAUACUCUUCUCUCACUUCUUGAUGUUAUGGCUUAGUGAUACUAGAUUUCUAGUUGUCAGUAUUAUUAAUCCUAUGUACCAACUAGAUUCGAAGAAUACAUUUAAACUUGAACUAAGUAGUAGUAUGAGGAUAGUCUCAAGAAGGAAAAAAAUGGCUUUUAAUGAAAAAAAUUGACAUAUCACUUGAAAUGUUUUUUUAAAUAUUUUGUUCUUUGUUCCUGCAGUCAUAGAUUGAGUGGUCCAAUUUCCUAACUAUUAACAAGCUCGUUGUAGAUUGUUAAUAUCGUGAGAAUAAAGCAAUACGAUUAAAUCGUUUUAAGUGUUAGAUAAAAUGUAUUUUGUGUUUUAAGUAUAUUAGUUGAUUGUUGACUCUGCCUCAACUACUAUUUAUUAAUUUUUCGAAAUCUUGAAAAUCAGUAUAUUCUGAAUAUUUGCAGGCGAAUAUUUAAACGAUGUUUUCGUAUUUAUGUUCAGUGAUUUGUGUCAACUUUGAUAGGGGUACUAAUAUUAUAGUUUUUGAAAGUUAUUUUAACAUCAAAUAUAGUAUUUCUAUUAGGGUUGAAUUGUAUUAUCGCUAUGCUAUUUUAAGCACGGUUACGCACAUAAUUUAAAAAAAUAUUUUCACCCAUAUUGAUUCACGUUUCCACUUUUGUGCCUCAUUCUUAAUGUUCCAUUUGGGAAAUUAAAUAGCUAUUGUUAAAUCGAUGCAUGCAUUUACGCUUGAAGUUAAUCAUAUAAUUUAAUAAAAUGUUAAAGAUGGAGAUUGUUAAUUACGCUGUGUAUAUAAGGAAAUUUAUUCAGAAAGAAUGUGUAAAUAAGUCGUAUUUUGGCGAAUCUUUGUUUAAAUUUUAUUCCUUUUUCGGACAUUUUUAUUGGUUACAAUCUAGCUGUUGAUCUAAGUUAAUCUUUUAAUCUAUAUACUGUUUCAAUCUAACUUAAUAUGCUAUAUCUUGAAAUUUUUAGAAAUAAUACGAAACAGUAAUUAAUUAGCCAGUAAUUACUAUUAAGAUAGUGUAACAAUUUCUUCCAUUUUUACCAGUAGAAAAGAAAAUUCGCUCUGCUGCUUAAUGUAUUUUGUGAGAGUGAAGUUAAAGUUCACUGUGCAAGCUUCACUUCGGUAUUGGUGGAUUUAAGCAUAUUCACAUUUAAAAAACGUACAUACAUACACUUAUCUUACCUAAUCAUUCUGAAAUCAAUUUGUAUCUUUUUUAGCCAAAAUAUAUUAUUUUUAUCUGCUGCACGGACUAAACUCAAGCCUUUUUAUAUGUAGUAUCAGUGUAUCAGAAUGGUUUUGUUCUUUUCUGUCUUGUAUCCCUAAUCAUUUGUAAAUCUAUCAAAUAAAACAUAAAAGUCUACAACGAUAAACUACAUAGUUUACUAGUUAAAUAUAAGCAAAUUAUGCUAUUUAUAUUUCUUAAUAAGGAGUGGAAAUAUUUGACAAAUAGAUUGUAAGAAACACUGUAUACAUCAACCGUUCGCAACUGAUGAAGAUCCUAAUAAUUGAGUAAAACAAGUAGUUUGACACCGGAUUUUAUAUAUGUAACUUGAAGAUAUCUAUAUAUAUGAUUGACAGAGGGUAAGUCAUACUAUCAUUUCUUAUUUUGGUGUAUUUUAUAAAUUUUUAUUUCUUUAUUAUUUUGAAACAUUGAUGAAAGAUGAAACGAACAACAGUUGGAGCAAACCGAGCGAAUUUUUUACCUUCCUUUUUUACUGUACAGUUUUUAGUGAAAACUAAUUAAGAUUUUUAGGCAUAGGGAAUGAGUGAUAUUUAAAUACUUAAGGCUGGAGGCUGUUGUAUUUCGAAGAUACAUUUAAUUACGUAAUUUAAUUUUUCUUAUUGUAGUGUUUUUAGAUGGCUUUUCAAAUUAGCUAAUGUAGACCGCAUCAGGAAGUUGAAUUAAAUUAUUUAUACAAUUCAUAUUCGAACAUAUUGUAUAGCGUAGUUAUUCCAAAAUAUAAAAAGUGUUAUUGAAGAAA